AUGCCGGUCUCGGUCGCAGACUACAUCGCGAAGUGCUCGCGCGCGGGCGUCAAGCCCCUUGACUCCUUCACCGCUGCGCUGCUUGGUCGCACGUCUUCAUGCCACAUCACCGGUCCGGGCGCUCUGUGCAGCCCUGAGGAGUCCCGGGAGGCCGCCCGGUCGCUCACGGUUGUUGCUGAAGUGCUGCCGUCAUGCGAGUUCUCCGCCGUGCGCGUGGAGGGAAUCGCCGUCGAGGCCGCCGUGCUCCUCAAGCUGGUGUCAGCGGUCGCGUCCUGCCCCUCGACGACCACCGUCGGGCUCACGCGGUGCCUUGCUGAGGGUGCGGGCGGGCUCGCCUCCGCUCUGCAGCCGCUCGCGGACUGCGCGCACCUCGAGGAGCUCACUCUCGCGGAGUGCGACAUCGACGACGCGACCGCCACGUCGGUCGUGGCGAACGGCAGCCUGCUGCGCGGGCGCUCCGCACUCAAGACGCUCGACCUCUCCGGGAACAUGAUUUCUCAAUCGGGCGCCCAAUCCAUAGUGCGAAGACUCAUGUCCGAGGGCGCCCUGCGCCUCACGGGCUUCGCGCUCGCCAAACUCGACCUCCGCGGCAACCCCCUCGGGCCCGACGGCGAGGCCGCGUGCAAGAAACUCGCCCAGGUCGUCAAACGCACCGCGGUGUUCUUCGGCGACGACGGCACCCCAGCGGCGGGCUGGGCCCAACAACCGGCACCCUGCGCAACGCCCCCCGCGCCCGCCCUGUCCUCGGCGUCGCGGAUCCCUCGGCCGACCCCCACGGCCACGCCCGCGGCGUCCACGGCCGCCGGUGCCAGCGCGCAGCCCCCCGCGCCCCCUGCGUCGGAUGCCAACACCGCGCCGCGGCGGCCCGCGGCGCUCGCGCACGCCGGGGGCUCCCUCGUCAACAGGCUGGUGCAGAUGGACGACUUCGACCUGGGCACGCCGCAGGGCGAUGCGAACAAGUCCGGCCUCCUGGGCGACGACCCCGACAACAGCGCGUACCUGGUGCCGUUCGUGCCGUCGCCGACGCGCGUCGAGGCGGUCUGCGGCAAGCCGGGGGCCGCGAGCGAGGUGUCCUUGAAGGCGACGUGGUGGCCGCAGCAGCAGCCCGCGCUGCCGUCGCCCGUCGGGUUCCCGGGGCAGUCUGACGGCGACGCCGAGUCAGGGCCCGGCUUGCUCGGCGCGGACGGGGCCGGGAGCGGCCUGGGAGUUGCGUCUGAGGACGCAGGGAACGGAGAGCCGGAGCGGCGGGAGAGUGCAGGCGCGGCGCCGGUGGAGGCGGCACCUGAAGUGCCGCCAGCUCUCUCGCCCGCUGUCGACACGCCCGCUGAGGGUGCGGUCGGGCGGUCGUUCCAGGGAGACGAAGCAGGAUUAGAGGUGGUGGAGGCGCUGUCGCCGCCGGCCGCGAGCACUCCUUCCCGGAGCAACUGCACGGCGGAGAAGCAGGGGGGGUCUCGUGGCACUCCCCCCCCCGUCGUGUCCGUGCCGUCCGCGAGGCAGUCACCAGGCGAGCUGGAGAUCAUCCCCACGCCGCGGUCCGCGUCGCCGCCGCCGGUCGUGGACGCGCCGUCCUCGUCGGGCGCCAGGCCUGACAACAGGCACGUCAUUUUGAACACCCCCGGAGGACCGGCGGCGCUCGCGGGCGACGCGCCGACGCCGGAGAGCGCGAUUGCGCUGCUGCGCCAACAGAUCAAGCAGCUGCGCGACGCAGCUACGCCCGACCCAGCGGUCGUCGCCCGAGCAGCGCGCGGCGACGUCAGCCCAGCAGGGGCGCCGGCGGCCUUCGAGCUCCCGGACGGCCUGCCGUCGCUGGAGGUCAAGGUCGACCGGGCGGCCGUCGCGCUGGUCUCGGCGGACCGUGCGUCCAGCGGCGGGCGCUCGUCGAAGCGGUCCUUCGACGCCGUGGAGUCCCCCGUUGCACCGCUGUCGUCGGGCUCCCGCAGCGCUGGGGGUCGUUCCGCGCGACCGUCCGACGGAAGCGAGAUGCCGCGCAAGGCGAUGCGCUUCGAGACCUCGCAGGACGGCACGGCGCACGAUCCCGUCGCGGACAGCGAGGUCGCAGCCCGCGCGACACCUUCAUGCUCCCUUGCGUCGCCCGAGGUCUGCCAGUCGCCGCCCGUGGCCGCCGCGGCGGCGCAGGACGCGAGUUCGCCACAGCAGCAGGCCGCGUCGCCGCGGGGCAAGGCGCCGAAGACGCAGGUGCUGCACGAGCGGACCAACUCCGGCAUCGACACGUUCCCGUCCCCGAAAGCGGAGGCCCGCGGCGUCAACUUGUACAGUGACGAGUACCUGGACCGGCUGAUGAGCGACGACCAGCGCGCGUUUGCGGGGCGGGGGGGGGGACUGCGGAACUCCCUCGGGAGCGCGGGCCAGCCGCGGCCCAAGGCGACGCCCUCGCGGCUCCCAAAGCCCAAGCUGCGCCCCGAGGACAAGCACUGGCUCGAGUGGGACGGGAAGGUUUGA